AAUCCCUGCCGCCACCUUACCGCCUGCAGGAGGUGCGUGUCCCCCUGCUGAGCAAUGAGGACUGUGAGCAGCUGAUCCGCCAGUCCGUCCCAGACCUCAGUGACCACAAGAUCGUCCUGAAUGACAUGAUCUGUGCCGGCAGCGAAGAGCGGCGCUUCGGAAAGAUGCUGUGGGUGCUGUUACUGACCCUCCCCUUCCUGGGGAGUUCCGUGCCUGUGACCCCAGGUCCCACCCCGGAAACUGAGCUCGUGGGCAUUGUCGGGGGACGUGAUGCCCCUCCUGGGAAGUGGCCAUGGCAGGUCGGCUUGUGGAUCCGCAACCCAAACAAUCACAUGUUGGAGUUCAAAUGUGGAGGCUCCCUCAUCCACCGCCAGUGGGUGCUGACUGCCGCCCACUGUGUUAAACGGAUGGUACUGGAGCCUUGGAACAUUGAGGUCCGACUGGGACAAGUGAAACGCUCUUGGAUUGCAGUUCAUCGGAAGGUGACUGAGGUCAUUGUCCACCGCAACUACAAUCCUAUGCUGGAAGCACCAGGUGGAGGAGAUGUGGCACUUCUCAAACUGGCAGCUCCCGAGGUGGAGGUCCCCAUCAUGGAGGAUGCUGUUUGCAGGUGGAAAUAUUGGAAGAUCAAUAUGAUCGUCAAGGAGGACAUGCUGUGUGCUGGGAGCCGAGGCCGGGGUGUCUGCUAUGGAGACUCUGGUGGCCCCCUGGUCUGUAACUGCAUGGGCAACUGGCUCCAGGUAGGGGUCGUGAGUUGGGGCCAACCCUGUUGUCAUCCAAAAUUCCCUGGAGUCUAUGCCCAA